AUUUAUUUACUUUUCACAACACCGCAAAGGCGCAAAUUGAUAAAUAACUUUUCCGCUGUACAUAUUUGCAAAUGAGGGCCUCCUCCGUCUUUCUGGAGACAUCUCGAACGGCAACGAUGGCUUCCACACGUACACACACACACUAGAUACUCCCCCUUAAAAAUCUAACCUCCACAGCUCUUUACCUUUCUUCAUCCUUCUUCUCAUACACCUAACCAUAUUCCCAACUCAACAUUUUAUCUUCUUGACUCAAAAGCUUUCGACUAUUUUUUCCAGCUUUCGCAGCUCGGGGUUGAAGUUCGAUUUUGGAAAAAACCAGGAAGCGAUGGAGGGUUUUGGUCCGAUGAAAUUGAAGAGGAAGGAGGUCGAUGAUGUCAGCGAAGAUUUCUCCGAUUUUUCCCUUUCUUCUCCCGCCAGAAAAAUACGCAGGCUGGAUGCUGAUUUGCCUCCAAUCAUCGAGAAUGAAGAAGCUGAUAUUCCCAUAGCAUUUGAUCAGUUUGUGGUUCAAGAACAGAACCGUUUGGGCAGCUCAUCAGGUGCGAUAAAGAUUGAAGAGUUGCUGCCAAGUGCGCCCGAUAAUGAAGAGAGGGCAAUUGUGCUGUUCAAGCCUAUGAACGAUACCAUGUCGCCCCGCUCGCUGUCCGACUACUCAGUUUCGCUCGACCCUAAUUUCAUAACAGCUUUCAAAAAUCAAGUCCCCUGGUCCAAUCAAUCGAGCCACUGGAGACUAAACACUGACGAGACAACAGAGAAUAACAACUAUAAUGGAUGCUUAGCUGUCGUCCCGUGGGUUCCCCCACGAGCCUCGACUCAAGCUGUUCCCGAAUUUUCUUCAGAAACUGAUGAUCCCGAGAUGAUGGAUGCUCAGGAGACGGGUGAGGAAAAAAUGGAAGUCGAAGAAUGUAGUGACGGUGGUUAUAUUGAGCAAAGGAAUGUUAAUGGUACAACUUUGAGGGAAGGCUUCAGUCAAUGGCAACAACAACACUGCCUGAUUCCUCAGCCUCCACAGAACUCUACGGCCCCAAUUGUUUGGUAUCGAUGACCGAUUAUUGGGGCCUUUUUACAAUUAGUUGAAUAGUUUUGGGUUUGUGAUGUAUAUGGGUGAUUAGUGCCUUCUUUUGAGGAGCUCUGUGUGUGUAAAGUUGAACUCGUGGGGAAAAUAUUGUUAAGAUUGCAGAGGUUUUUUUAAGUGGUGCUAUAGAGAAAUCUGUUUUGAUCUGUGGCAGUGGGGCUUUUGGGGGGUUUGUUUGCUGCCCAUGAAUUGAUUGAAUUCUUGUGGUACUUUGUGUAUGGGAAAUUGCUUAUGUGAUGUAAUUGAAAGGGGGUUCUUCUGAUUGUUUUAAGGACUUUUGAACCUUACAUUAGUCGAUCUCUUUGUGUUAAGUGUUUACUAUUUAGAUUGUUU